AUGUCAGCCCUAUGGCAGGAAGCGAAGAAUCCAGAGGGACGAGUUUACUACUACAAUGUUCAAACAAAAGCCACCCAAUGGACCAAGCCAGUAGAGAUGAUGACACCAGCCGAAAGGGCCCUACAAGAUCUGCCAUGGAAGCAGCACAAAUCCGAAGAAGGCCGCCCCUACUGGUAUCAUGAGGAGACUAAACAGACCACCUGGGAGAUGCCCGAGGCCUAUAAAGCUGCUUUAGAGAAAACACAGGCGCCUAUAGGAUUGUCUCAUAUUCCGCAGCAAACCUUCGUCGCUGGGGGCACACAAAAUUUCAACAAUCAUUACGAAAACAAUGACCGCCAGGUAGCCCUCCAGGGUGCGCAUAUGGACACCAGCAUCGAUGGCGCUGCUAAGCCCAUGUCUCUUCCCUCUGCUUUAGCUAAUGAUAAAGAUGGUCCACAAUAUUCCUCCCAUGACGAAGCCGAGGCGGCAUUUAUUAAGCUUUUGCGUCGCACUGGAGUGGCGCCAGACUGGUCGUGGGAGCAAACGAUGCGCACAAUUAUAAAGGAGCCGCAGUAUCGUGCUUUAAAGGAUCCUAAGGACAGGAAGGCAGCAUUUGAGAAGUAUAUUGUCGAACUCAAACAGCAGGAGCAGGAGAAAGCAAAGGAUAGGAUCACGAAGCUGAGACAGGACUUUGCAGUCAUGUUGAAGAGUCAUCCCGAAAUUAAAUAUUACACAAGGUGGAAAACUGCGCGACCCAUGAUCGAGGGCGAAACGAUUUUUCGAUCUAGUUCAGACGAAAGCGAACGUCGCCAAUUGUUUGACGAGUACAUUGUAGAACUUCGAAAGGCUCAACAGGAGCUUGGAGCCAUAUACACGUUGGCAUUAUCCAAACUUGAUGUGUUGAACGCUUUCGAAAACCAUAUAAAAAUGCUCGAGAGAACAUUCAACGACAAAAGGCAGAAGGUCAAAAAUACGAAAAUGAGAAAGGAGAGGAAGUGUAGGGAGGCCUUUACGGCACUUUUGAGCCAACUUCGUACUAAAGGAUGA